AUGGCUGAAGUAAGUUAGUUUUCUUUUUAUUUUAACUUAAUUUUUAGACAUACGAUUUUAGUGUAGCUAUGACAUGUGAAGGAUGUGCGAACGCGGUACGACGAGUCUUGGGCAAAUUAGGAGGUGAGUUCAUGUUUAUAAAUUAUUGAUUUUUAUGUUUAGACAAAGUACAAGAUGUAAAGAUCGACGUUGUUGAGAAGAAGGUCUCCGUGACGACAACAGCCACCAAAGACGAGAUAAGACAACAACUCGAGAAGACCGGAAAGGACGUGUCCGCUUUAUAG